AAGUGCAGAUCACACUAGCCUACACACACCGAGCGCCGUCUAAACUGACAGCAGGUCAGCAGCCUAGCGAAGCCAAGACAUCCGCCGAUCUCAGAUGGCCGGGAGAAGGGUGCGCGGCAAGAGUGCCGUGGCCGUGGCGGCCGUCGCGCUGCUGGCGCUGCUCUUCGCGGCGAGCGAGGCCGACGGGACGUGCAACGUCGACCGGGGCACGGUGCUGAGGCAGUGCGCGUCCUGCUCGAGCGGCGCGCCGAGCCAGGGGUGCUGCGACGCGCUGAGGAACGCCGACUUCGGCUGCCUCUGCAGCAACUACUGGAACAAGCUCAAGAACACGCCAUACGCCAGCUGCGCCAAGGCCAUCCCUUCCGCGUGCAACCUCCCAAACGCCAAGUGCCAGUAGAUGGAGACAUGGAGUGCGUGACCCGGACAGCGAACGGGCAGCUUGGACCAAACAGAAUAAAUCCGCUUCAUUACCCUGUUUCUUCCUCCUCUGAGUGUGUUAGUUCUUUGCUUUGAGUCGUUAUCCGAUAUGAUCGGCUGCCCUGCUAGCCGGCGGGACGUUCUAUAUAUGUCUUUGCAACUCAUGGUUUCAGCCUA